AAUUUGGACGGGUCCAUUUUAAGUAAGGGGGAUCAACAAUAUAACAACAACAACGAAACAAAACAUCACAUUGAAAGUAAACUAUCUUGAAACAGCCACAAAUAUACAUACGAAAUGUUAGCGAGAAGAUUACUCUCACGAUUGUCAACAGUACAAAGUUGUCAAAAUGUUAUUUCGCACCAAAUGAAGGUUAUUCCAUUCACAUGUAGAACAACAUCAUUGGUUAGACAGAUAUCGUGUACAGUUUGUAAAUUAAAAGAUACAGAAACGAAGAAAAAAUACAAAUACAAAUAUUCGGAUGACCCUGCACGGGAAGGACGUAGCGGUUAUAAGCCACGGCAUAUCGAUCCAAUAGACAGUGUUCGUUACUUGGAGAGUGAAGCAUACAGGGAUGUUUAUAAAGACGAACCUGUUUGGGUACCGUACAGGAAGAAUACCAAAGGAAAUCUUUACCCUCCGAUCAGAACGACUUGCAUAAGGUCUGGGGUUAUAACUACAGGCAGUGCAUGUCCGAUAUGCAGGGACGAUUACCUGGUUUUUGACUACAGGAAUGUGAAGUUAUUAAAGCAGUUUAUAUUUGAGGAUUCACUAGAACCACGUAAUAUACGACAAGUUGGUCUCUGCAAAAAACAGAUGAAAAAAUUGCAGCUUGAGGUCGCAAAGGCUCAAGAUUAUGGGUAUCUGGAAAAAUAUUUUCCAUUACGACAUUACGAGGAGGAAUACUUUGAACCAAUGUCAGAGAAAAAUAAAACAUUAACCUCAAAUAAAACAUCUACUGAAGAAACAUCAAUGAAUCAAGCAAUGGAUGGGACCUCUACAAGUGAAAGUUUUUGAGAAAUCUUAACAAAUGAAAAAGAGCUGUAUGAAUAAAUCUAUGGAAGGGACCACUUCAAAUAACAAGGAUAUGGUUGGAUCGUCAGGGGGGACAAUUAGAGAUUAAAUAUUUUAGAAACUUACAGAGUUAAGGCCCCUUUAUCAUAUUUUCUCUGUAUUAAAACACUACAUAAUGUAUGUAAUUUUGCUUUGUUUGUUAUCGAAUACAUAUGUAUUAAGAUGAAUAGUGUGUUGGUUGCUAAAGUGUAAGUAUUUAACGUUGUUAAACCUUGAGAAACAUGCCAUUCUCAUAAACGGCUGUCCAGUUCUUUUUCAGUCUCAACUUUAAAGGAUGUUUGCAAAAAUUGAAUGUAAAAUAAGCAUCUUAUUUGUGUUUUACUCUUGAAGUGACUAAAAAGGUGUUUUUUUCUCCAUAUGUUAAGAAAUCUGAAGUCUGCAAGAGCAUAAAAACUGUAUAUUUUUGCCUGAUAAAAGUUUGAAUAAAUUGUUAUAUGAAUAUAA